UCUGGGCAGAAAGGACAUGCCAACUCUAAAUAUUAUCUACCUGGGAUUCUUCUUCAUCUUCUUGGCAUGUGUAGGUGAAGGCAUCAAAUGGACAUCAUCAACGAAGAGCCUACAAGCCGAAGACAUCCAAGGGAGGUCAUCAAGGAGCCAACUAUUGGAAGACAUCCAAGGGAGGUCAUCAAGGAGCCAACUAUUGGACGACAUCCAAGGGAGAUCAUCAAGGAGCCAACUAUUGGAAGACAUCCAAGGGAGGUCAUCAAGAAAGAGCCCUCAAUUGGAAGACAUCCAAGGGAGGUCACCAAGAAAGAGCCAUCAAGUGGAAGACAUCCAAGGGAGGUCAUCAAGGAGCCAACUAUUGGAAGACAUCCAAGGGAGGUCAUCAAGGAAGAGCCAUCAAGUGGAAGACAUCCAAAAGAGGUCACCAAGAAAGAGCCCUCAAUUGGAAGACAUCCAAGGGAGGUCACCAAGAAAGAGCCAUCAAUUGAAAGACAUCCAAGGGAGGUCACCAAGAAAGAGCCAUCAAUUGGAAGACAUCCAAGGGAGGUCAUCAAGGAAGAGCCCUCAAUUGGAAGACAUCCAAGGGAGGUCACCAAGAAAGAGCCAUCAAGUGGAAGACAUCCAAGGGAGGUCAUCAAGGAGCCAACUAUUGGAAGACAUCCAAGGGAGGUCAUCAAGGAAGAGCCAUCAAGUGGAAGACAUCCAAAAGAGGUCACCAAGAAAGAGCCCUCAAUUGGAAGACAUCCAAGGGAGGUCACCAAGAAAGAGCCAUCAAUUGAAAGACAUCCAAGGGAGGUCAUCAAGGAACAGCCCACAAAUGGAUUAUAUCAAAGUGAGAAACAAGAGAUACAGCGUGACAGUGUUUGACGCGAAAUGCAGAAAGUCACCAGGUUUUAUAGUUGAUACGCUGACUGAUUUAAAAAUGUGUCUUUUUUGGUCGACUACGACUAAAAACUUCUCAGUCGCCAAAGCAGAUUGCCAAGGGCGUGGAGCAAGACUUGGAGUCUUCAAUGAUGCUGACAAAAUGGAGAUUCUGAAGAGGAAAGGGAUGGCUAUGAAAACAAACAUUUGGGUGGGUCUAGAUGACAUAGAAGUGGAAGGCACCUGGAAGUGGCAUGAUGGAAGUAUUCUUCCCGAGUCCAGCUAUUGGCCUGUGUUUUUCAAUGACGGUCAACCAAAUAAUUACGAUGAUCAGGACUGUGGUCACUACUGGUCUAAAGGGACCAAACUGGCAGACGAAAAGUGCAGUGCUGUCUUUUAUUACGUGUGUGAAAAAAUCUGACAGGUUUUUUGGAACCACAAUUAAGCAAAAUAAAAUAGAAAUCAGUCAA